UUUCUCAAAAUGGCAGAGAAGUUUGAAAGCCUUAUGGACAUUCACGGUUUUGAUCUGGGUUCUCGGUAUAUGGACUUAAAACCUCUGGGCUGCGGUGGCAACGGCUUAGUUUUUUCUGCUGUCGAUAAUGACUGUGAUAAGAGGGUGGCGGUCAAGAAAAUUGUCCUCACGGAUCCUCAGAGCGUGAAGCACGCUCUGCGGGAGAUCAAAAUUAUCAGGAGGCUUGACCACGACAACAUCGUCAAAGUGUUCGAAAUCCUCGGCCCCAACGGGAGUCAGCUGACGGACGACGUGGGCUCUCUGACAGAACUGAACUGUGUUUACAUUGUCCAAGAGUACAUGGAGACCGAUCUGGCCAACCUGCUGGAGCAAGGGCCCUUACUGGAAGAACACGCCAGACUCUUCAUGUACCAGCUGCUACGUGGCCUCAAGUACAUCCACUCUGCAAACGUUCUGCACAGAGAUCUCAAACCUGCUAACCUGUUCAUUAAUACCGAAGACCUGGUGCUGAAAAUUGGUGACUUUGGUCUCGCUCGGAUAAUGGACCCUCACUACUCCCAUAAGGGCCAUCUUUCUGAAGGAUUGGUCACUAAAUGGUACAGAUCUCCUCGCCUCUUGCUGUCUCCCAACAACUAUACUAAAGCCAUUGAUAUGUGGGCUGCAGGUUGCAUCUUUGCUGAAAUGCUGACAGGGAAAACUCUCUUUGCAGGUGCCCACGAGCUUGAACAGAUGCAGCUGAUUUUAGAAUCGAUUCCUGUUGUUCACGAGGAAGACCGUCAGGAACUCCUGAAUGUCAUCCCGGUUUACAUUAAAAGCGACAUGACUGAGCCACACAAACCUUUAACUCAGCUCCUCCCGGGCAUUAGCCCUGAAGCACUGGACUUCCUGGAACAGAUACUGACCUUCAGUCCCAUGGAUCGAUUGACAGCAGAAGAAGCUUUGUCCCACCCCUAUAUGAGCAUUUACGCCUUCCCGACCGACGAGCCCAUUUCAAGCCAUCCUUUCCAUAUCGAGGACGAGGUGGACGACAUUCUGCUCAUGGACGACAGCCACAGUCAGAUCUAUAAUUGGGAAAGAUACCACGAAAGUCAGUUUUCAGAUCACGACUGGCCUGUCCACAACAACUUUGAAGCUGACGAAGUCCAGCGUGACCCGAGAGCUCUUUCCGAUGGGACCGAUGAGGAAGAAGUUCAAGUAGAUCCUCGCAAGUAUUUGGACGGCGACCGUGAAAAGUACCUGGAGGAUCCGGCUUUUGAUACCCACUUCUCUACUGAGCUUUGCUGGCCGUAUCCGGACCACCACGAAAACAAGUAUUGUGAUCUGGAGUGUAGCCACACUUGUAACUACAAAAUGAGGUCUACUUCCUACCUAGAUAAUUUAGUUUGGAGGGAGAGCGAAGUGAACCAUUAUUACGAGCCCAAACUUAUAAUAGAUCUUUCCAACUGGAAGGAGCAAAGUAAAGAGAAGUCAGACAAGAAGGGCAAGACCAAGUGUGAGCGGAACGGCUUGGUGAAAGCUCAGAUAGCCCUCGAGGAAGCGUCGCAGCAGCUUGCGGAAAAGGAGAGGGAGAAGAAUCAGGGCUUCGACUUUGACUCGUUCAUAGCGGGAACCAUCCAGCUUAGCCUGCAGCACGAGUCGGCCGAAGUGGACAAAUUAAACGACUUGAAUAGUUCGGUGUCCCACCUAGAGUCAAAAGGCAUGUCCAAGUCAGUGAGCAGGGAGAAGCGCGCGAAAGGGAAGGCCAACCUGGCCCAGUUGGAGGCGCUGUACCAAACCUCAUGGGAUAGUCAACUCGUGGGCGGGGGGGAGGAGUGCUUUCUCAUAGGCCAGUUUUGUUGCGAGGUGAGGAAGGACGAGCAGAUGGAGAAGGAGAACACCUACACCAGUUACCUGGACAGGUUUUUUAGCAAGAAGGAGGAUGCUGAGGCGCCGGAAGCGGAGCCGGCUGAAGAUGGGAAGCUUGGGGAGAAAGACAGAGAAGGAGGCUUUAUUAGUAAUAGUGGGGAAUUUCUUUUUAACAAGCACCUCGAAGCGAUAGGUAUUCCUCAGUUUCACAGCCCCGUCGGCUCCCCGCUUAAAUCAAUACCGGCCACGUUAACGCCUUCUGCUGUGAAAUCAUCUCCUCAGAUUCCCCAUAAAACAUACAGCAGCAUUCUGAAACACCUAAACUAAAA